CUCUCUCGCCUCCUCUCCCACUGUGGAGCUCUCACUCAAACUCUCCCACACCAAGGGACGCUCCGCUCUCCAUUCUUCUGAUUCAAUGACGUUAUCACAUAGAUUGAGUCAACAACUCAAGCGGCGAUGUUCUUCGUCGUCAUUUUCUUUAGCGAUGAGGACUAGAAAAAGAUUUUUGGGUAAAAUGUGGUCCCUUGCUGCGGAAAUUUGCAGAAGGUUUUAUCUUGUCAGAAACAGGAUUCUAGUUGUAGAAGCCAGGAUCAACACCAUGAGUGAACCAAACACCUACCCAAUUCCUCUCAAUUGUGCCCCUCCAACUCCCGCCAAGUUCAACCUUCCCGUUCAAAACACUAAAGACGAAAAACUUCCUAGGUCUCACUCGGGAUAUCACUACAUGAUCAAGGACCACACAGUCGACAUAGAUCACAACUCAUGGAUUACAACAGUUAGGCAAAGUUUGAAUCAGGUGCGUCCUAAUUCUGAACCAUCGAAACCCUGCACAAUAUUCAAGUUCCCAAAAACACUAAAGAACAAUGUCGAUGAUCAGAGCAAGUACACUCCUCUUGUUGUCUCAAUAGGCCCUUACCAUAACUUCUCUAAUCCUAGAGGCACAAUGAAAGCUAUGCAAGAUCACAAAUGGCGAUGUGUUCGCCAUCUCCUUUCUCGCCAUAAGAAUCAUGAUCGUGCUAGCCAAAUCUUGGAUGAGUGUCUUGUGGCUCUUAAAGCAUUGGAUAGUGAAGUGAGGAGUUGUUACUCGGAGAAUUUGUACCAUGUGGAUUCUAAAAGACUUGCUUCCAUUAUGUUGAUGGAUGGUUGUUUUAUUAUCUAUCUCCUGUUGAAGCAAGUGGAGAAUGAUGAGGUUGAGGAGGUGGAAGAUGAAGUUGUGGUUGUGAUAGAGGAUGGUAAGGGGAAGGCUAAAUUAGAAACUGAUGCAGGGAGAGUAGAAUUGGAAAUUGGAAAAGGGGAAGAGGAUAUAGAUGAUCCUUUGCUAGGGAUGUCAUGGAUAUGGAACCUUGUAGUUUUUGAUCUUUUGAAACUUGAAAACCAGAUGCCUUUUUUUGUCAUUCAAACCAUUCUUGAUUACAUCAAAACCCCGAGAGACAAAAAUUUGGACCUUGCUAGUCUCGCACUGAAGCUCUUUCACGAUAUCCAUCCGAACAAGUCCAAAGCAUUCACAACACUUCCUGCUAAUCAAAUACACCAUCUUCUGCAUCUCUUUCAUUCAUCUCUGAUUCCGAGAAAAUACAAAUCAUCAGCCAAAACAACAUCAGAGUGGAUAUCGAGUGCAACAAAUUUGAUAAGGUUUGGUAUCAAAUUUGUGAAGAAAGAGAAUGCGGAAUGCUGCUUGGAUGUAACAUUUAAUGAUGGAAGAAUCGAGAUACCCCCAUUGCAAGUCUAUGAUUAUUCUAAAUCUCUCUUUAAAAACAUUAUUGUGUUUGAGCAGUGCUUCCCUGAUGUUGGCAAAUACUUCACAAAUUAUGCAAAUUUCAUGGAGUGCAUCAUUAGGUCAGUGGAGGAUGUGAAGUUGCUAAGCUCAAAGGGGAUUGUGCUUAAUAGAUUUGGAACUAAUGAAGUGGCAAUGGAUUUCUUUAAAAGGCACAACAUACAGUAUGCUUCUGAAGGAAAUUAUUUGGCCGAGGUGCUCAUCAAUGCGAAGAAAUAUCAGGAUUCAAAAUGGCGCAAAUGGCGAGCUCAGUUGAUGAGUAAAUACUUGAGCAAUCUGCAGGCAAGUUUUGCUUUUGUGGUUGUGGUGUUGCUGCUGGUUCUUGUAGCUGAGCACUCAUUUUUCGCUGCUUGUUCGUUUUUUUGUCCUCCGUAGCUUUUUUGUUCAUCUUGGAAAUUAUUGAGAGGAUGAUAUGUUAAUUGCUUCUUAUACAUUGAUUUUAAAUAAUAUUUUAUUUGUCAAAUCUCAUGAUAUUAGG